CGUCCUCGUCCACCUUACUUGAGGUAGGCAAUGACGGCGAUGACGGCGAUGACGGCGAUGGGCAAGAUGUUGUGGUGACACCGCCCUCAUUCAUGCUCGUAGCUCGCGAACUGAGUGCGCCGCUCGGUAAGAAUACGAAUAAGAGAUCCCCGCCCGGGAGCCCAGGUCGAGAUCGACUGUUACAUUUGGGCGGUGGGGGCCAACAAAGCAAAGCUCCUCUGCCCCCCUCCCCUCGGAUGUCAUGGCCUCACCGCUGCCUUCGCCCGCGUUUGUUAGCAGCGUCGAAUUGUGUGAAUUCCACGCGGGUAAGUCGAUCUUGGGCAUCUUCAAACGCACGAGGCCGCGGCGGACGAUGUCGAUCAACAUGGUUGUAGGAUCAUGGACGACCAGCAUCGCCCUCGGCUUGGUGACGGUCCUGCUGGCGUACCUUUGGAAGAUCAACCGUGCCAUGGCCACCACCCACCCUGAGGCUCUGCAGAUAUCGCCGGAUCGAUGGACGCCAGAGCAGGUCAAGCGUACCUUUGAGCGAGUGGAGAAGCAGCCCAUCGACUGGACGCCAUAUUUGCCGCCCAAACUGGACAGACGUUACAUCGUUGUCGGCGGCUCCGGUCUGGUUGGAGGGCAGCUUGUCAUUCAGCUCAUAGCGCGUGGCCACCCUCCCGAAGCCAUUCGUAUCAUCGACUUUCGCAAGCCUGGACGAGACGACAUGAGUGAGGGCCCCGUGUCCGAGGUCGAUUUCGCCCAGGCCGAUAUCUCCUCGGAACCGGCAACCUUGUCCGCAUUCGCGAAACCGUGGCCCAAGUCUGUGGCCCAUCUUCCCCUGACCGUGUUCCAUACCGCCGCCGUCAUCCGCCCUUCGGAGCGUAGUCCGUUGGUCUACGACCGCUGCUCCCGCGUCAACACGUCCGGGACUGCCCAUGUGGUUAGCGCCGCCAAAACCGCCGGCGCCGAUGUUCUCGUCUUCACCUCGUCCUGCAGCGUGGCGCUGAAGCCCGUCAAUUUUUUCAAUGCCCUCUGGAAGCAGUGGCCGACAAACUUCUUCCAGGUCCUGGACGAGGUGGACUUCCAGAAGCCGCUGCGGCCCCACGAGGAGUUCUUUGCCAACUACGCCAAGACGAAAGCCGAGGCGGAGCGUCUCGUCUGCGGCGAGAACACCAUCCCGCAGGAUCCCUUGCAGGCAGGCGGCUUUCGCACCGGGGCCAUUAGACCGGGAAAUGCCAUCUACGGGCACAAGGACGACUACCUUGUCGGCGCAACGGUGCGCAUGGCCAGCUUCCCGACCUUCACCGCGCCCUUCAUGCAGAACUGGGUGCAUGGAGGCAACGUGGCCCUGGCGCAUCUGCAAUACGAGGCAGCUCUUCUCGGACCACACGCUCACAGAGUGGCUGCUCGGCCGUUCUUGGUCACGGACGGCGGCCCGCCCCCGGUGUUUCAGGACUUUUAUACGCUCGUACACUCUAUCAGCGUGACGCCCUUCCAUGUGCAGUACCCGCCGCCGCUACUCCUGCUGUUGGUGGCUCAUUGCAUAGAAGCGUAUUGCCUGUUGAUCUGGCGGGUGCCAAUGCUGCAAAAGGUCUUGCCGGAACCUCAAAUGCCCUUGUCCAUGUUGCAACCGGCCAGCAUAGCUGGGUCUAUCAACGCCAUAAUCAACGAUUCCGACGCGCGUAGACGGGUAGAAGACGGCGGGCUGGGAUACCAGGCCAAGUGCACAACCAUGGAAGGGUUGUGCAUGCAGCUAGGUGCGUGGAACCGAUGGGUGAGGAGCGGUGGCGGGGAGUUGAGCGGCGAGAAGGGCGUGGUGAAAGGCGUGCUCGAGGUCGGGGCAGAACCUGUUGCGAGAAGAGCUUAGGGACUCAAAGGCCCGGGCCUUCAGAGAGCAGAACCGAGCAGCUGGGCAGCUGCUGGUGAUGACCAAAUGGUCUUGCGAGCUUUGAAAUUGCAUAAAGUCAGCGGCUACAGCGACUAUCAAGCUGGUGUUUCACACUGCCUUGCUGCUGGCCUCGAUAGAGAAGAGGAAGACAAUAUAAAGCGGGCCGCAAUUCAGAUCACCUCUCUACUAAGUGAUACGGUGGAUACUCUCAAUGUUUCCCCUCCGCAUCUACCCCCUAAAUGAAACUGUGUGUUGUUGUCACGAUGGACGACGUUACGGUGCGAGCACGGAGUUGCAGAACCUAGAUCCCCGUCCCGUCCCGUCCCCCAGAGCCGCGGGCGUGCCAA